AUGGAGCAGAAAGAAGAGUAUGUGCCAGUGGAGGAGGGCGUUGACUUGAGCAAGCAUCCUUCCGGUCUUAUUCCUACAAUACAGAACAUCGUAGCGACUGUCAAUCUGUGCUGCCGGCUGGACUUGAAGGCCAUUGCCCUCGGCGCUCGGAAUGCAGAAUACAACCCAAAACGGUUUGCAGCGGUAAUAAUCAGAAUAAGAAAGCCCCGUACAACCGCUCUGAUAUUUGCAUCUGGGAAGAUGGUGGUGACGGGGGCCAGAUCAGAGGAAGAUUCAAAGAUGGCUGCCAAGAAGUACAGUAUUAUAAUUAGGCGGCUUGGGUAUCCUGUUCGAUUCACAGAGUUUAAGAUACAGAAUAUCGUAAGCAGCUGUGACACGCGGUUUAGCAUACGGCUGGAGGGCCUUGUGUUUGGCCACAGCAACUACAGCAGUUACGAGCCAGAGCUGUUCCCGGGUCUCAUCUAUCGUAUGGUCAAGCCAAAGAUCGUGCUUCUUGUGUUUGUCUCUGGGAAGGUUGUGCUAACGGGCGCUAAGCACAGGGAAGAGAUAUACCAGGCAUUUGAGAAUAUAUAUCCUGUGCUGAAACAGUACAGAAAGACAUAG